AUGGACAAGUGUGAACCUGUUGAAGAAACAGCUGCGGGGAUGGAAAAUGUGGAGGCACAGGACAAAUGCGUGGAAAACACAGGCGAGGUCGAAUGCGGUGCUCCUGUUGUGGACUUGUCGUGUUCAGCAUCUCCUGUGGAGCAGCCGUGUCCAGGCGUCCCACCCAAAUCGGCUUCAGACACCAACUCUCCGAGCUGCUCAGCACCACCGUUGUCGGCAUCCGUUGCUCCAGACGGCUCUGUCGUUCCGGCGCAGCAAGCAGGCUCCCCGGGUCCCUCGGAAAGCUGGACUGCAGACGAGGACUGUCUCAUCUGUGUUAACCACUACAGCCUUAGCAGGCUGCCCAAAGUUCUGUCUUGCCAGCACGUCUUCUGUGCCGUCUGCCUGAAGCUUCUCCUGCACAACGAAGACCAAGCGUGGCGCAUCAGCUGCCCCAUCUGCCGAAAGGACACCACCGUCUUCGGAGGCCUCGUCAGCACCCUUCCCACCCCGGAGGAGGCCUUCUGGCACCUCCCGGCAAGCCCUGGCCUGGGUGGGGAGGCGACCUUCUUCCCAGACCAUCUGACCGCAGCGCUCCCGGCCCACGGAAUCUUCUACAUCCGCCAAGAUGAUGAAAGCGGCGGCGGCAGCAACAACAGGGUGGCGGCCAGGAGGCUGCUCUUCCUUGUGCUGCUCCUGGUGUCCCUGGUCAUCCUGGCGCUCCCGUUCCUGUACACAGGGCUGCUGAAGUGGGCGCUGUGCAUCGUCGUGGGCUGGGGAGCGGCCAUGGCCUUGGUGCUGUGCUGGAGCCCGAAGUGGCAGUGCGGCUGCACCGGCGUUUGGUGCUCGCCUGGGCCAAAGACGGCCGGACAUGUCCUGCCGCCCGUCUAG